AUAUAAACUAAAUUUAUUGCACUCACACACACACAAACACCCUCACUCUCUCUUUUUCUUUUCAAAAGAAAAGCACCAUAACAUCACAACAGUAACGCUCUGAAACAAAACAAAAAGAAAAGCUCAAAUCUCUUUUCUUUCUUGUUUCUUGAUUAGAGCUAAACAAGCAAAGAACCCUAGUUGUAACAAAAUGUCGAAUAACAAUCGUCGUUCGUCGUUUUCUUCGUCAACGACGUCGUCUAUGGCUAAACGACAUCCUCCAGUAUCCGUUUUAUCUUCGGAUAACAACAACGCCGGAAAGGUUAUCGCCUCCGCCAAGAAGCGUCCUCCUCUCACUAACCUCACCAAUCAAAACGCUUCUCGCAACUCUUCCAAUUUGGUAACGAAAGUUGCAAAGACGAAGAAAGAGACAUCGCAAUGCAAUUCUUCUUCAAGUUCAGCAAUUUCCGGCAACAAAAAACCUACUUUUUCAAAUGUUAAAUCCGCUUCUGUUGUUUUUCCUAAAGCCACAAUUACCACUACUAGUACUACUUCAUCAUUCAGUGAAAGGAAUGAAGUUGUUCCGUUGGUUGCAAACUUCAAUGUUCCGGUUUCGAGUAGCAUGGAUUUAUCUUUAUCACCUGGUAAAUCAGAUGGAAUGUCGGUCUCUAUGGACGAAACGAUGUCGUCUUGUGAUUCUUUCAAGAGUCCUGAUAUUGAAUACGUGGAUAACACUGAUAUUCCAGCUGUUGAUUCUAUUGAGAGGAAAACUUUCUGUAGUCUUAACAUUUCUGAUAAUAAAUAUCAAUCAGGAAAUAUAUGUAGUAGAGACAUUCUUGUUGAGUUGGAAAAGGGGGAGAAAAUUGUUAAUAUUGAUAACGAUCACGUGGAUCCUCAGCUCUGUGCUUCCUUUGCUUGUGAUAUCUACAAGCAUCUGCGUGCAUCUGAGGCAAAGAAAAGACCUACCACGGAUUUCAUGGAGAAAAUCCAGAAGGACAUUAAUCCCAGCAUGCGUGCUAUUUUGAUUGACUGGCUAGUGGAGGUGGCUGAAGAGUAUAGACUUGUACCUGAUACAUUGUAUUUGACAGUAAACUACAUUGAUCGGUAUCUUUCUGGGAAUGCCAUGAAUAGGCAAAAAUUACAAUUACUUGGAGUUGCUUCUAUGAUGAUUGCCUCCAAAUAUGAGGAGAUUUGUGCACCCCAGGUGGAGGAAUUUUGUUACAUAACUGAUAACACAUACUUCAAGGAAGAGGUUUUGCAGAUGGAAUCUACUGUCUUGAAUUUUCUGAAGUUUGAAAUGACUGCACCAACAGUUAAAUGCUUCUUGAGAAGAUUCGUACGUGCAGCUCAAGGAGUUGAUGAGGUCCCUUCACUGCAACUAGAGUGCUUGGCAAACUAUCUUGCCGAAUUAUCUCUCUUGGAAUACAGUAUGCUUUGUUAUGCUCCAUCACUUAUAGCAGCUUCAUCAAUUUUCCUGGCCAAAUUUAUGCUUUUUCCAUCAACGAAACCAUGGAAUGCGACAUUGCAGCAUUACACUCUCUACCAGCCUGCUGAUUUGUGUGCUUGUGUAAAGGAUCUCCAUCGUCUUUGUUGCAACAGCCCUACUUCUAAUUUGCCUGCAAUUAAGGAGAAAUACAGUCAGCACAAGUAUAAAUAUGUAGCUAAAAAGUACUGCCCUCCUUCAAUACCUCAAGAUUUUUUCCAGCAUUAAGCAGAGUUGAAAUUUUGAAUGUCCAAUUUCCAGUUGGAAAGCGCUAGAUUGACACAAAAUCUCCAUAGAGAAGGGCUUCUUGUAUCUGCUUAAUUGAUGCCCACAAAAACCGUUCUCUUCAAGAAGCAACUUGUAUCAUUAGCUACUGCUUCUGCACCAUUAAUGCUAGAUGUAACCAAUUUCUAGAUUUCUUGCCCAAUAAUGGCCAGCUAGGAAAUGUAACGGAGAAAAAAUGACAAAUUUAGAAGUGAGUAAACAUGACACUACGGGGUGUAUCAUCAUUGUUAGUUCAUGUAAUCUUUCUAACCUUUUCAAGGUUUUUAAAACAGUUCAACCAUUAAAUCCAAUUAAA